CGAAAAACGAGCCGCGCCCGGGGGCGCGGGCGAGGGCGUGUCCCGCGCAGCGCUGCGGCUCCGGGCGCGGCCGCCUGUGCGGAACCCGCCUUUCCUCCUGUGCUCGAGCGACUGCCCUGCCGCCAGGGGACAGCGGCUCCGAGUAAAGGUGUUAGCAUGGCUGCUUUCAUAGAACCGUUAGAUCCCUGAGCUUGGAAAAGACCUUGAGGUUUACCUACUUUGUCUGCUCGACUCUUUUUCAUUUUACUGGGUCUUGCUCCGUUCAAGUACAUCUUUUUUAAUGUAGCUUAGGCAACAUCUCUUAAGAAUAUUUCUUUAAGCUGUGUAAGGUCUGUUUUCAGAGCAUGAAAGAGAGAGUGUGCUGUACUAUUGAACUAAAUUUAUUUUAGAAGACUUAAGUGGCUUGUUCAUUUUCUGUCGGUUUGGGCUGUUAAUUGGAAAAUACAGACGGUAUUUUUUUCUUUUUAGGCUUGUGGGAGACCAAUUCCCCUAAACCAGGAAUAACCUGCUUAUAAUAAAUUGCUUUAUUGCUGUGGAAUCUCUCUAACUACUCUGGGCUGUGCUACAAGGCUUGUGGGAAAGUAGUUUAACUUUUGUGUGUAUUUGUCAACAGGGAGAUUAGUCACAGAUUCUUUAAUUUACAUAAACUCUUCAGGCAAUGGGUGCUCUUUUUUUAUCUUGAUUUAGUAUUGCUCUCUGUCCUAAAUAUCUGAAGUAGUUCUCUUAAGGACCACUAAUGAGGCUGGUUUUUAUCUGUAAUGAAGAUGGUUUGUAAUUGUAGUCUAGAGAACAAAGAUCCUUGAUAGUGAUAGAGGGGAAGAAAAGCAAGAAAGGAGCUUGUUCUUAGGCCAGUUUGUUCUUUGGAUGUUCACACAGGACUUCAGACACAAACUUACUGAUUUGGUUUUUUGUCCAUAGUCUUGGUGGUUUAUGGAAGACUUCUAUUUUGGUGUUCAUUUUCAGUUCACAGAACUGCAGUGUUCUCAGUGGUUGUAUCAGCUUUGAGCUAGUACUUGAUUUCAGUCAUCUGCAUGUUCUUAGCUAGAGCUCAAUUUCUGUACAAGUUCUUAAAUUUUGUAAAUGCAUAGGAAAGAAGGUGAUGAGAGGUAUUGUGGCGAUUAGUCCUUAUCAGGUAGUUAUUUCCACCUUGUUCUGUAGGUUGGAAUAUCAUUGCACAAACACAGAGGUUAAAUGAAGAAUGUGAUUAGCCAGUUUGCUCAAGCAUGUAGAAUUAGAAGUUAAGGUUAAUGUGCUUAGCUCCUAUCCUGCUUUCAGCUGUGUUCUCUCUGAUUUGUGAGCACGCUCAAUUACCAGCUGCUUGCAGUAUCAGCCUGCUUGUAGCACAUGUUUUUGGAUAUAUUUGAGACUGAGCAUGGGAUGUGACAAUGAGAAGCACAUGGAUCUCUCCAGAGGCUCGGUCACACAGUUGUUUUUGAAGCAAUGGCUCUACCAUACCUACCCUCCUUUCUAAACAAGAUUGGAAUUUGGCAAAAUAUUUUUGUGUUGAAUGCUGAGAAUAAUGAAAUCAGCAUGUUAAAUUUAUUAGUCUUUAAACACUGUAAGAGAUAAGUAGGGAGUUUUAUUUGGCAUGUUUUUUUGACUGAAAUAAUGUUUACAGUUUACAGGCAGUUUACCAAACUCAGCAGGUCUGUACCAAAUUUCUAUUUGAUUCAUGUCCUUUCUGGAGGCAGGAGUUAUGACACUAUCUGUGUCCCUCAUUCCAGAAUUCUUACAUACUAAGCAGUAAGCAGUUGAAUCAAAAUCAGUUUGCCAGAGGAAACUAAAAAUGGCAUGCUUCAGAAUGAGUUCUAGCAGGCAUGAAAGUGGUAAUUGCAAUAAUAAAAAGAGGAACUGUAUCUUUACUCUCAUAUACCAUGUUGGGUGUCAUCAGAAGCUUCACAUUUGACUAGCAUCAGUAAAAUCAAAAUUGCUGGGGUGGAUUAAAAAAUUACUUUUUGUUUUCACAGUCAGAAUUUUCACUGACUUCAUUCAUUUCAUACAAAGUUUUGGUCUUGGACUACAUCUGAAGAGAGAGAUAAGUAGAGGAAACUCAAUACCUGUGUGGUAGAAACUGUUUGUAUUAUUCAUGGACUUUGCAGCAAGGUAAUUUUCAACUGUAUGUACAUGACAGGUAUCAGUUUCUAUUUAAAAUCUGUGAAGUAUAACUCAGGGAGACAACUUGAUUUAAUUUCUUCUAAGCUGGUAUUAAAAUACCUUAUACAUAAAUUUUAACGGAUUAUUUUUAUUAUAGAGAAGAAUAAUAAUGAACACUAUUGUGCCUUCCUAAAGCAAUCUACUGGUUUAAGGUGUAUAUUAGCAAUUUCAUAGCAGGUGUAGUAAUUGUCUGUGUUGGAUCUUAAAAUUUUAUUGAGAAAGGGAUCUAAGACAAGAAUCAAAUACUUCCUGCUUUAAUGCAUUUAUUAGUUGAAGUACUAGGUAUUUGAGCUAAAAAAUUCCCAGGGUGUACUGGGGCUGAAUUCCCUCAGAAACUGAAAUAGCUAUUCCUGGUUCACAUCCCAGUCUUCUUACCAGCUGACCACAGCAGAGGAGAAGGAGCAGAGAAGCUGCAAAUCAGAGAUCCACCCAGGGCUCUGGAUAACUCUGCCCUUGUCUGCCUGAGCCCUCCAAAUCCAGGGUAACCCUGGGGCUGCCUCCAGUGCAGAGUUUGAGCCUCCAUUAGGCAACACACUGAGAAGGAAAGUUGAUCUGUACAAAGGACCAAUUAAUUUCUGUGGUAAACUGCUUUCUGGGAAGACAAAUUGCUUCUGAAAUAGACUGCAGAUGGAAUUACAGAAAAUUUCAUUUUAAGUUGUGAAGCAUACCACUUUAAGCACUUGAUAGUUCUUACUCUUUGCUUAAAGAAUUGAUUGAGAUAAAUUGCAAGUAAAAAUUGAAGCAAGUUUUUGCCUUUGAAUUGCCUGUAUGAGCAUUUAUGUUUCCCUUCCUCAUUACACCAGAAAAAAAAAAAAAAAAAAAAGCCUAUUUUUCUUGGGCUUAAAUGUUAUGCUGCACUGCUUUAUGUAGACCUUGGUAAUGUAACUAAAUAGGUAAGAGCUGGGGUUAUUUUCUUACCCCAAAGUGCUGCAGAAACUGCCUGCCAGAUCUCUGGACAGUUGCAUAAUAGUUGCUGGGUGAAUGGGAGGAUAUGAAUCUGACAGGAAUGUUAAGUGUGGUACUAUUCACACACCUUCUGGCUAAAAUCCUGUGUGUUUGUGUUAAAUGGAGAUGAUGCAGAUGAGCAGCAGAUGUGUAGGACUUGACAGAAAUCUUUCUGCAUGGGACCUGCCUGCAUACUGGGGGAAAAUGCACUAAAAUAGUAGCAAAUAGAAGUCUAAUUAUUUUCCAGAUCUUUAAGUUGAGAUGUUCUCAAGUUUGUGGGUUUUAUUUUCCAUCUUCCCAAUGCUUUAAAGUAAAAACUUCGUGUUUAACUGGUUUUGGCAUAGGAUGUAAAAAUAGAGAUGGCAAUUUCUUUGUCUGCAGGAGAAUGUACCAGCAUUCAGUCUUCAGAGUUCAGUAUUUGUUCUUUCAAAGAUGUAUUUUUAAAUGAAGCAAAUAUGCUGCAGAUUAAAAGGUCUAAGGAAUAAUUAAUGUAAUCUGAUCUUAAUUUUAAUUCCAAAUUUCUGAAUUAAUUGUUGCAGUCUAAGUGCCAUAUUUCUUGAUUAUAUUCUUCCCUUUUUAUGCCUAGCCAGUACAUGAUGUAACAGGAAUGAAUCAGGAUGUGUGCAGGAGCAAUUCUCUGGCUUUGCUGUUGCUGGAGGGCUGUCCCUGUAAGAUGCUGCCACAGGCAGCACAUGAAUUAGGUGAAUCCCAGAAGAUUCCAUUAAUUUGGGUCUGUCUAUAUGAGCACAAGUGAAUGCUUGACUAGAAAUCAUCAUUUCAGUCAUCUGUUUACAACCAAUCAGGGACCAAAGCUUACUAAAAGCCUUUUUACUUGAUAGAAUAAGAUACCAGUAUGGAGGUCUAUUAGUUUGAGCCUUUCCUCUCUAAAUAGCUUCAGCUUCAGUGGAGCCAUAACAGAUCUGGAGAGCAGACUUUUAGGUUUUCUUCAUUUACUCCUUUUGCCUUGAUAAAAAAGAACCUGAAUUUGGUGGUUUCCCAGGCAGGAUGCAGAAGUUAAUUUGCUAUGCUGCAAAUUUGAGAUGUACUUUCUGCAAUGUUACAAAAUUGGAGAAGAGGUAUUCAUAAUAUUUCCAUUUGAGAUAUAGACUUUAAACCUUUCAAUAAUUUGUCUUAUUAAUGAGAUGCUUAGGUACCUGUGGUCUGAUUAUUUGAUUAUUUACAUUAAAUUUAAGUUUUUUCUGACUGCUAAGUUCAAGUAAUGAGCUGUGAUUGUUUUCUUGAUUUGUAAAUAGUAAUGUUUUUACUUGUCUAUAGCACUGUAAAAGUAGGGAGUGAAACUCAAAAUUGUGCAAGUAAAUUAAGUUCUGGGUUUAGCCUAGUAGGGACUACGCUAGAGAGUCUUGUUUUUUUACUAGAGGCAUUGCUACAAAAAUAAUCUGUAGCUGAGCAAAAUUAUGUUUAUAUUUAUUAUUUAAUCAAACAUAAGAUUUUGUUCUUCUUUACAUUUCCAGAAAUUCUCUUAAUAGGUCUGUUAGCACAUUAUUUAGGAUGUGAGUUUGACAGGGAUUCCUCAUUUGUAGAGGAAUUGGGAAAAUUCUCAGCAAGUGGUUCAGAGCAGUUUUCUGAACUCUUUACUUGUUAAUAAAUCUGCUGCAGAAAUUGAAAUACUGAAUACUUAAUGAUGAAAACCACUUCAUGAGUAAAUGUUUUUAAUUGCCAUGAAAAGUGAUUGUGCUUAUGUUUGUUAGCUUUAAAGACCUUCUGUUUCCAUCUGUUUAUAUAGUGGCUGUGCAGGAUGACUGAUGUUGCCAGCUGGUUACUUCAGCUCUGUGACAGAGCAGAUGUAAAAAGUUCUUUGUGUAUAGAGGAGCUGAUGCCCUCAUCUCUUGGUCAGGCAGUCUAUAGAUACACAGAAAUUCUGAGUACAUGUUUCAGUACUGUUACUAUCAGUAUAUUGAUAAUAUGAGUGUUAGUAGAUAAUCUAACCGAUGAACAUUAGUUACAUGCUUUUUAGUGACUUUUAUCCCUGUAACACCACUUCUGGUUUUCAGAUGGGUAGGACAGAAAGUAGCUCUCUCUGAAGUCUGCAGGUCUUGCUGAGGUCAGUAACAAAUUAAUCUGAUUUUAGUGACCUUUCCGUCAACAUGGCUGUUCAUGAUAGAGGCUUUUGUCAGUGUGAAGUCAGUGUGAAUGCUUCUCCUUUCUCAAUUCCUUUGUCAGUGCAAAUCUGUGUAAGCAGCUGGUUUGUGUCAUUGUGCCAUAAUCUGUGGCUUUUGAUUGGUAUUUCCUCAUUUCUAGUUUAAAAGACAAAAGAGGGCAUGAUACAGUUAUGGAAUCCUCAAAUAUUUGUGAUUCUUAUCUUGCUGUUAAGUGUGUUUGAAAUUAGCUGAUGAAAAGCUAGUAAUUGGAAAGCUGAUAGGUAUACAGGCAUAAAUCUUCCACAGAUGCACUAUGAGCAUUCCAGCUUUGUUCUCUUGAAUAAGGUUAGGGGGAAAAUAAAGUACUUUAGUCAGUUUAUUUCCUAGAAAUCAUGUUUUUUUAAGAAAAUUCCUGUCUACUUCAGUUAACAUAGCAAAUAACAGAUAGUAGAAAGUGGUUUGCCAGGAGUAAAAUAAGAAUUGUUUGAAAGUAACAUUUACAAUUGAAAUGGAUAUUUUUUGUAACUCUUUGUGUCCUUGGCUGUCUGGCUGAAAAUUAUACCCAAAAUCUUUCCAGCCUGGAAUCACAGCAUCAGAGGCUACAAACCGGUUUCUUCUUGCUUUAAUACUCAAUUGGCAGUCAGAAGUUGUUGACAUAAACAUAGUAUGUAUUGUUUAAAUAACAAACAUUAGAGCUCUUAUGAACUAGAGAAUACUAGUCUCCUGUAGUGCUUUUGUUUGCAUUUCUAUUAGCAAAAUCAACUUUAGUCUCUUUCACUUUGGAAGAGAGGUUAUGGAAAUCAAGAUUGUUAAAAUAUGUUUGAAAUCUUAAAUCUUCUGUGAAAUAUGUUGGCAGGUGAAGCCCAGAUACAAAGCAUUAAGAAUUGCCAUUCAAGUUUGUUGGUAUAAUUGAAUUUGGUAUUAUCAGAAAAUACCAGGAGUACAUUGGCUGGUAUUGUUCAACACAUCAUGGAUUUCUUGGCAGGGGUGAGGAAUAGCAGGUUAUGUUAGAUGUAAAAGUGUAUAUGUGAUAGCUUUUCUUGGUCAUCUUUCGCAGACCUCAGGAUUGUUCAUGGUGCCCCCUGCAUGCAGAGAUCCAGCACAAAAUCACUGUUGUAUAGCUCAUCCCAGAGGAAUCUCAAAAUGAGAAAAUAGAUCAGAAAAGGAAAUAUUUCUGUUUUAAUUAAAUUGUCUCUUCUUGAGCACAUUUGAACAAUUUUUGAAAACACUGUAUCGAGUUUUUCUUGAUUAUUAUUUAGUGUCUGAUUUUGUCAGUGUUGGCAAGAUAAUGUCUAACUUACCUGUUCUACUUCAUCUCUUCUGUUUUUUUCCUUUGGAAGGCAGUAGGUUGAAAGUAAGCUUAUUUUGAACUACUGGAAAGGUAUUGUCUCUGCAUAUCAGUAGUAAGAGAUUUUCUGGUUUCAGAAGGGCUGGUAUAUUGUGGUCUUCUGAUUAAAUGAGUUAAAAUCACUAUGGAAGUCGUAAAAGUUUAUCCUGGUUUCUUUUGUCUUAUCGGUUUUCACAUAAGCCUGCUGUUUUUCUUUAGUAAAGGAACACUAAAUGGCAAUCUAAAUAAUGUAUGCUUUUAGAUUGUUCAGUUAUCAUUAGAGGUCAGCUUUCUUGAUAGAGGAUGCUAAUAUGUCCACCUCAGGUUUUAAGGUUACAUUAUCAUUGUGGCAUUUACAUUAAUGUAACAUUGGGCUGCCUAAGCAGAAAUUGAGCUUCUUCCUCAUGUGACCAGAAACCUCAAAAUAAUAGAUGAAUAGGUGAAGGGUGGAGUUAGAAGCCACUGUCCUUCACUGUUCUGUUCUCCCUAAAUACUUUACCCCUCACCUACACUGAACUCAUGCUUGUAGUGCAAGUCCAAUAAUGUUGCUCAGUUUUAGGUGCAAUUUAUUCUUAGAUGGCUAAUUCAGUGAAGGUUAUGCAAGUUAAAGUUAAUGGGCCUGUUAACUUAAAUAAAAAAAAGUCUGUUCUGCAGUGAAACACUCACCUUUUUUCUCCCAGAGUGGGUCCUGAAGUCACAACAGAAUAUAGGGCACUGCCUCAGGACUUAAAGUAAUUCUUAACAUUUUGAAAACUAAGGUGUGAUUGUGUGGGUGAGUUCUGUACAAUACAAGGUUAAAGAGAACUUCCUUCAAAUAAUGUAUGAGGUUCAGGAACUAAACAAAAAAAGUUACAUAAGAUGCCCUGUGCUAAUCCUGACUUUGAGUCAUUUGAUUAUUUUGUGCUUGUAAACCAGCAUCUGAGACCUCAAGUAAGGAAUAAAUGCAGAGGAGGACAAUAAAUCUCAUAUUGCAGGAAGAGAGAAUUGUAGAUAUAGAAAUGAUAUAACCAGGAAUGAUGACUGUUAAAAUCCAAGAGGUAGGGUGAAAAGCUGAGGUGAAAAGGGUAGUUUUGUAUCUUAUCAAAAAGGUGAAGGAUUAUGCACUGGGGAAUGACAGUGCAAUGUUUAAGGUAUGAGUAUGUAAGAUUCACUCAGUGAGUUCUACAUGUGGUUGAAUGUGUUGUGCAAGCAAAAGUACAUUAGUUAAACCUUUCAUUGCCUCAGUUCCCAUUAAAAAAAAAACAAACACACAGAUGAUAAUCUAUUCCCAACAUCUUAAAAAUAUGGGGAGGACAAAUACCUUAAGUAUUGCUUGGAGCUGAGCAGAUUGUACAAACUUGUAAUGUCCUCAUAUCUGAAUGAAUAUAGACCAGAAGUUAUGGAGUAUGGGCAGUAUGUAUUCUUAAGGAGAAACUCCUGGAAUUUGCUUUUCUAAUAAACUCAUACAGUUUCUGUCCUAUCAGACUUGAAUUUCUUCAAGAAAUAUAGGAAAGUCUUAGUUACUUUCCAAAGUGGUAAGUCAAAUACUUAUUUUCUUGAAACUAUCAUUUUCAGAGCAUAUUCAAUUUACUCAUUUCUAGGAACAGAAAUAGUGAGGUCUAAUGGAACUACAGUUCAUUAAUUUUAUGUUGAAGAUGAUGAAAAAUAUAAAUGAUGUAAGCUUUUGCAGCUUCUGUUGAACUAAAGGAAUUCAGAGAAAGUAGGAAUAGAGGAAUGAGCAGAUAUUCUCUUGGAAUAACAAGUUCUAUCCAUGGCUUCAUCCAUAAGCUACUUGAAUGGGUUAGUAUGGAUAAAAGGAAUGUUUGUCAAAUACAUUACAUUUAUGUUUUGCCAGAAGAUUUAAUUUCAAUUGUUUUCCUACUGUAUGUUUAAUAUAUCUGAAAAGAAGUCAGUCUUUCAGCAAGUCUUCAUCCAGUGAAUUGCAUGGUGGCAGGUGAAGAGUAGGUAAUAUAAUUUGACCUGUGGCUGCAUUUGGUUAGAAAAAUUUCUGAAAUGCUAAGCAAGGUGGAAUUACUCAAUAAGUAAAGAAAAUAAAUACUGGGAUUGGUGUGAGUUCUUUGGGAAUAUGCCAGUGUAGAUAUGAUUGUGCUUUUUUUGCUGAGAGUAUCAGAUCAACUUGUUGAUACUGAUUGUUUAAAGCAAUGUAGUUUCUUGAACUUAGACUUGUUUUUGUUUUCUGUUUUUCCACUCUAGAUCUUAAAAGAGCAUAAAAUUGAGAUAAGAUGGAGGAAGGUGACUUUAUUAGCUCUGUAACUGCAUGGAUUGGUAAUUCUGAAGGACCUGUUGGGAGCUGAGAUUUUGCAGUUGGGCUGUUCCCUGGCCUUCCCGUGUCCAGCAAAGGAGCCCCAGGAGGCAGAGCUCUGACUUCUCAGAAUGUAAAAUUCAGGUGCAUGUGUGUGGCGCUAAAGCACACGGAGCUGUAGCUGUCUUUCUGUAAAUGAUGUCACUUGACAUGGAAUAAGGUGAAAAUCAAGUAUAGAACUUGCUACACCUGGCAGACAGAAAAGAAAAACCCUGCGUUUGCAAACAUGAUUGUAGUUCCAAUACAGAAGGCCUUAAAUUGUGAGGUGACCAUUUCUUUAUAAUCUCUACUCUCUUUGCAUUAUAUUGCAGAAAGAAGCAAUUUAUAGUUUUACUUCAUAAUGGAGCAGCUUCUGCAUGAAGACAAAUGAAUAAAUAGAUAAAUCUCUUUAGUUUCUAUCUUUAACUCUUCAUACUUUAGGAACUUUGGAAGUUAAAGUUUCAGGGGCAUGACUGUAAUACUGCAAGUAAUAAAAACAUUUAUAAAAGUUACUGAAUCAAAGGCAUGAGUGAAAGUACACAGCAAUAAUAGCACAGUACAGAUAAUAAUUGAGGUAUUGGCUCAAGGAAAAACAGUGAAGAAUAUGAUGUGCUUUGAGAACAAAGGUACAAGAAGGUUUUUAUCAGUGGUUAUGCUGCUGUGCCCUGCUGCUACACACUAUGACUUAGAACAGUCAUAGAGGCAGAUCCAGGAUGACUUGUUACAUCAUACCUCGAGAUUUUUUAUUUUAUUUGAGGUGUUUCCAGUCAACUGAAUUACCAUGGAAAGGGGUACAGGCCAAAUCAGUGUUUCUGCCAUUUAAUUAGUAUACUUCAUUCACAUUUUGUUCAAUUGUGAUGAUUUCCUUUGGUUUUUUUGGGCACGGUAGGAUAGAAAUUGUCAUCCACAAUUUUCUGAAGUAUUAUCAGUCAAAUUACUUUUAAUGAAUAGUCAAAGUGCAUUGCUGUCCUAAAGUCUGAGAGAAAAGGUGCCUCUUUGAAAUAAGGAAAUUUGCAUCUAAAAAGCACCUUUGGCUCAGUCAGCUAUGUUGAUGGUUACUCAGUGUCACCUGUUCCCUGUUAAAGCUUAACCAGUUUGCUAAACUAACAUCCGUCUAAACCAUUGAAAUGUAAAGGCUUAUAUAUUGAAAAGCUAAUGGUAAUUUUCUUUAUUUAUUGUAUCUUAAAUUUUUGCUAGGUAAGUGCCAAAAGACUUGGGAACUUUUCCAGAAGAUUCACUGUAGUUCUCAUUCACUUAAAAUAAUCUGAAUUUUUUGUCUUCGUUUCCUGCAGUGCCCUAGUAAAUUAACAACUUUACUACCUACUGGCAUAGCCAUGAAAGAGUGUUUGACAUUCAUGCAGUUCUGCAGAGAAGUUGGUAGCUGUGUUCCUUCUGUGGCCACAACAAGGAGCAAGUGUGGGCAGUGAACCAUCAGUGAUCUUUGUAAUGCUGUUCACCAGUGUACCAGAGAGUUUGGCCCAAGUCUGAAGGUUAUGUUUCCUUAAGGGAGCUUUAUCUCUUAAAAAAUCUUAAACCUCUCAACUUAUAGGUAGAAGAGCAAAUCCUUUCCACUUACAGCUGAAGUGUAUUCUUGGGGUGUGUGCAAAAGGGAAAUAUUGACAUAAUCUUGAAAAUCCUUUGCCUUUUAAAGAACUGAAAUGCUAGAUUCAGAUAUAAAAGUCAUUACUGUCAUACUGACAUGUAGUUAACAUCUCUCAAGAAUUUUGUUUAAAUUACAAUGCUCACAUCCAAAGCAUGUGUUUGAACUUUUCUUUUGAGACACUGGAUCUAUAGAAAUGUGUAAAGCCAGCUUUCAUCUUCCUGAGAUAGGAAAGUACUGGGGAGAUCAGCUAUUGACUGGCUUGGAUUGCCAGCUCCUUUGAACCUCACAGAGCACUAAUGAUACCACAUAAAGGAUGUAGCUGCACACUAGAGGAACAGAUAAAACGUGCACAAUGUGUCUUGGCAUGGGGAGGGAAUUAGAUAGGGCUAUUGCCAUAGGUUUAGUCCUGACAAAAAGUAUUUGCUGCCAUUUGUGUUUGUAAGAAGGUUAAAUGUUUGCUGUUCUGGAGGGAUCCUGUAUAAACAGGAUGAAGUAAAUGAAGUCAUGAUUGAGCUAUUGGUCUAAAGGUGUCUUGUGGGCUCAUGUGUCACCUGGCUUCUUCUGGAGCUCCUUGUGUAGCUUGUAGUUUUGAAAAGCCUUGGAAAAUGACUUUAUGUAGUGAUGACUUGUGUGCUCCAAAUAUGACUUCUUGGAGUGAGUGACUGAUUUUUUCAGUUGACAGACAGUGAACUUGAAUUAUUUUGUGAUGCUGACAAAUUAGAAGUAUCCCACUUUUCUUGAAGGCAAGAGGAAGUGCAGCUUCUUUCAAGGUCUGUUGCUAUCUUAACCAUUUGUGGAGAGUGAAAGAUAUUUUCUUGGCAUUAAUAGAUUACUUACAUGGAAAUAAAAUAAAGUAGAUUGCUUAACACGGUAAACUUAAGAAUUACACCUUUUCAGUACUUUGUCUCCCAAAGUACAGAAGCAAAAGGACAGUGUUACCUAUGGCUGUUGUUCAAAACAGUGACAAUAUCCCAUUUUUGACUGUGAAUGUGCAGUUAGCAUCUGGAUUUUCAUUAUACAGCUUCAUCUUUUUUGAGUAAGACUUUUGUAAAGAUCAGAAAAUAAUAUUUGUGGCUUUGUAUUUUAAAUAUUUCUUAUUUAUUUAUUUAUUUAUUUAUUUUCUGGUCCUAAUAAGUCAAAUCUGCCAGCAGUUAGUCUGAUGGAUAUCAGGCUGUUAUGAUGUUUCUUUGACCAGUUACCUUGCUUUCAUCUUCAGUCCUUUAUUGCUUUAUCCACCUCUGUUUAUCAGGUUUCAGUCCCAACAUACAUUUUCAUUGGUAAUGGUACCUGUAGAAAAUUUUCUGCAAACUAAAUAGUUUUUCUAAAAAAAAGCCACAAUGAUGCCAUUCUAAUAUUGUGAGGUAUUUUAAUAUACUGAAGUAUAUGGAACAAUAUCUUUCUUGACAAAAGGUAUAGUAGUUCAGUUGUUUAAAUAGUUCUCAAGGGUUUGGAGAAUGAGUGUUCUUCAAUUAAAUGUGCAUGUCACGUUUAUGUUUCUUUGACCUUUUACCUUUAUCUUUCUUUUCUACUCAAAAUGUCAGUGUUCUCUUUUGACUUCUUUUGUUUGUAGCAGGUACUGGAUGCUCCUAUCUCCUUAAUUAUAUGUUUUUGUGUAUUGCAAAACAAAAAUCAAUAAACGGAAUUUACUUAAGGGGCCAAUUUGAAAGACACAAAGGCUGUGAGGAAAGAAUUAUCAAGUUAAUCACAAAAGCCUACUACCCUUACUCCAAUUUUCAAACACAAUGAGGACUAUCUCAGUGGCUGAAUUGGAAGUGUAUAAUCAGUGUUCAAAUGUUUGCAUUGUUUGGUUCCAAAAAAUAAUAAUGGUAAAAUAAAAUGGCUGAUGCAACUGCUCACUAGAUGCAUUUUUUUAUAUGAUCCAAGCUUUUAUUUACAGAAGACAUGUCCUCAUUUCAAAUCCAGGGAAAUUUCCUUCUAGAGCACAACUUUAGAAACCACAGGCCCUUGUUCUGCAGGCAAGUAGGUACCCUUUAAAUAUUAGCAAUAGCAAUGCCAUCUGAUUGCUUGCUGCCUUUGUGUAUCUUAAUAGUUCAGUAAUAGUUAUGAAGAACAACUUGCCUCUUCUUAAUCAGUAUUUUGAUUUAACAUUUUUUACAGUGUCAGGCUAUGGAAAGCUUAGAACAUUGAUUUCUAGUUUAAAUUAUUUCCCUGCUGCUGCAGGAGUACUUAGGAAGGUUUCUAUUGUGUUACCUAAACCAUAGGUGUUCUGUAUUCUAAAAAUCAUCUUGUUACUGAAAGUGCUCCAAAAAUGGAAAAAAAAAUUGGAUACCUCAUGUUUUAUGGCUAUGUACUGCUGAAUACAGAUUUUAUGUAUUUGUAAACCAGCUGUACCUAUCUUGAGUCCAAAUGGUAUUGCAGUACUCUGGUGAUAGCCAGUGAGAAGAACUAAAAUACUGAAUGGAUUAGUAUUGCUGCUAUUUAACUUCAAUAGUAAGUACUAAUAGAAAUUAUUUUAUGGUCAAUAAUAACCUAAGUGCCUCAAUUAGAAGCAACUUUAUAUUAAUUACAGAUACUGCUGUAGGCACAUGAAGGUUUGUGAUUUUCAUCAAUUUUGAUAUAAACUAGCAGGGUUCUUGCUGUACUACCAGGUCUGGUUGACAGUGGCCUCUGUGCACAGCAUUCCAUGUGUUAACAUGGUGUUAUUAUGUGAGCUAAAUGAUCAUCCUGGGCAAAAUUUCAUUUGGUUAGACAGGUCAGUUAUAGACAGGACUAUAGUCUUUGCCUGAAACCUUGUAUUAAAAUUCAGAUAAAAGGUAACAAUCACCAAACCACAGAUGACAGAAAUAAGACCUGUCCUGUUCUUUUCCCCUGUUGUCCAUGUGUGCAUGUAUGUUCUCCCACAUCUGUGUUCCCUUGAGUUCUUGUUAGGUCCCACCAGCCUUGGCUACUGAAAGCCACAUAAAUCUCCUUGAGCUGCCAUUCACUUACACAUAUAAUCUUCUUUUAAGCCCACACAAUACAUUCCUCACUCUUAUGUAGAGCAAGUUUGCUUCAGCUACAAGGUGCUUAGCUUGAGUUCUGUCAGUUCCAUUGUGUUCCUCUCAGUAUGUAUUUGGACCAAGCUUAUUGAUUAGUAGAUAGGUGCUGUUGCUAUUCUAUUGAUUCACUUGCAGUGCCAGCAGGAGUUGUUGACGGAAGGAUCACCCUUCUUUUUCUGGCACAAGUUGCAAGCAAAUGUGUAACGUGUUCAUCACUUCAUUCCAGAGUUGUUUCAGUUUCUAAGUGUAUGAAACUGUUACUACACUGCUUGCUGUUUCUUUUUUCAAAGUUACUGUACAGCUGCAGUACUUGGCUUUUUGAAAAGAUCAGGUUGAAUUUUGGAGGGAGAUUUCAGCAGCAUGGUGAAAGUGCCAGAAGAGUUUCCUGUGAUGCAAUCAGCAUUCUGCACCAAGAAGUUUUUCUGGUUUCCAUUUGGUGAGCAACUGUCUUAGUAGAUUUUGUACUCCACUAUCACAUGGAUUGAGUUGUUAAAAAAUGAAAAGCCCAGCCAAAUAACCCUACAGCUUGAAUUGAACUGAAACAAAAUACUCUGAAGAUGGCUAUGAAUAAUUCAGUUUCCUCUGUUGUAAGGUAGAUGAAUCAAUCCUUUAAUUUUUUAUACUACAUGUAGGAGGAGUAUAAAGUCACAUAUGUGAAUAAGGGAGGGUAAACACCAAAAUAGAAGUUAAAAUUUAGAAUUUAAGGAAUAUCCUGCUUUUUAUAUUUGUUACUUACUGGGCCAGCUUUUCAGCAGGUUAAGGACAAUAUAAUGUUUUCUUCAAGCUGUAGCAAAUCAAAGCAGGAAGUUAAAAGAGUACACUGUUUCCUAAAAUUUCAGUGUUUCUAGAGGGAGAAGUAUGCUUUUGCAUUAUAUUAGUUCUUUGUAUUCUGAUGCAUUGCUGUCUUUUAUUUCUUUGAUUUUUAUUUGUAGUUUGAAACUUCGUAGUGUGUAACAGACAUAAACUCUUAACUGGAGGUUGAAUUAGCAUGGUUUACUUUUAGUGUUCAGGGCUUAAGUAAAGACUUGAUGAGACUAUUUAGCUGUAACUUCUCAAAACAGAUUUAGGCAUGUGGCUACUGUGACUGUUCAGGAAUUAUCGGAAGCUGAAGCUGUGUCACUCUCUUAAAUUACCUUGGCAUAUUGCUUAAUGAUAAUCAUGGUGAGUGAAUACUAUUAAUGAGCAGAAAAAUAUGGAAUAAAGUUGAUGAGUACUUUUAGGGAUACUUUAAGGUCAUGUAUGUAGCAUCAGAACAUUUCUAGAGGGAAUAGGAUUCUUAAAUCUAUUUUUGUUCUAUGUGCAGCAAAUAUUUUUGUUCUAUGUGCAGCAAAUCACUAAAUAUUAACAAUCUGUUAAUGACAGUUCAUUUAAAAAACCUUUAAAUUUGCAUUUUCUGUCUUACUGUUUAGAUUGGAGGAAAUACACUAUGUAGCAUAAUAUAUUUCUGUAUAUUAAACCUCAGUUGCAGUGCCUUGCAAAUGUAAAACUUGCUGAUGUAGUUGCUGUUUUUUAAUAGAUCAUUGACCCGUCAAUCAGACUCUGACCAUUUCAGAGAUAAAAAGCUUGGCUUUCAUUGGCUGCUCGGAAUAGAGCACCUUUCCACAAAUUAGGAAAUGGUGUAAUAAUUAACGGGUAUAAUGGAUAUGUGCAUUCGGGUUUCAGUUGUAUCUUCAUGAGUUUUAGCUCCUGUUAUCUUUUGUGUAGUUAGUUAACCCACUGUCUGCCCACAGAUAAUUUAACUACAGUAUAAAAUGGAUUCUUUUUGUGGCAGUAGAAUUUUACUAAAAUAAUUGAUAGUUUUUUUGCUCACCUUUUAAAAUCUGUAGCGAAUUGUUCUUUCAGACUUUUAUUUAGAACAAGGUGUAGGACUUCACUAACAAAGCUCAUGAUGUGAGUAAUAAUUCUGUUCUAAAGCAGGAAAGCAAUAGUCUUGUAAACAUUUUUGCAUACAGAGAAUUUAGGUAAACUUUAUUUUUUUUCUUUCUUAUUUACAGACUUAAAUGAUUUUAGGUACUGAUGAUUCCUAGUACAGGAAGGAGUUUGACAUCUUUGACCCAAAAAGUCACUUGGAAUUUGCCAAAUAUAUCAUUUAGUAGUGGACCUAUUGCAUGAAUCAAAAAGUUGGCAGGGGUUGUUUACCAUUCCUAAGGUAAUUCAUGUUUUGAAAAUAUAAGCUAUACUUUCAUUUCAAACAUUCAUUAAAUAACAGCAAUAUUCAAUUCCUUUGUGUGAUCAUAGAAUCAUAGAACAGCUCGGGUUGGAAACUCUUAAAAACCAUCAAGUCCAAACCCUGUGCCAUGGGCAUGUUUCACUAGACCAAGUUGCUCAGGGCCCCAUCCAGCCUGGCUUUAAUGUACUGGCACUGCAAAAUGUGAAUCAGGAAAGCAAAUCCUAAGUGUAGAGAAGUUACAGAAUUGGAAAGUUAAGGAAAACUCUGAAUUUUUUUGUCACUUGUAUACCUUUAAGCAUGUCAACAAGCAAAAGAGAAGCCCCUUAAAAUGAGGGGCUGAUAAAUUACUAUAUAACUGGACAUUUUCUAUUUUUCACAGCUUUUUACAUCAUGUAUUGUAGCCUUUGUCUACAAAACUUAUUAACAUCACUUCUUUAGGGAUUUAACCUCACUAUCACUUUGCUUAGUCUUUCUCUUACCUGAUCACUGCUUUAGUGUUGACUGUAAAUUCUGUUCUGGUUAUUUAUAUAUUGUCAUUCUUUAAAUAAUUCAAAGCUUUCACAGCCCUGGGUAUUGUCCUCUAAGAGUUACCAUUUUCUGGGACUAAAUUUUAAUGUACAACUGCAGAAGUUUGGACACUCCAAUAUUUUAAGUGGUAUUUAUUUUGUUAUGAGGAUAAAAGUGAGCAAUACCAGUCACUGGAUUUUUAGUUUCUUUGUAUUUUACCCUAUCUAAUUUUAGUGAUUGUAUAUUAUUUUUCAAGUGACAGCAAUGAUAUACCAGAGAUCACUAUUCUGGGGUGUUUGUUUUUUCCAUGUUACAAUGAGCCUUAUGAAUGUGCAGAUUUAUUGACCCCUAGUGGGGUUGUUAGGAAAAUGGUUACUAACUUAAUUAGUGCUAAAUGAAAAAAUUGCCUAUUUUUCAAUGCUGCAUUUGUUUUAAUGGUCUUUUCCUUCUAUUUACAGCUGGAUUAGCUCUUGAAUUUUUUCUGGUGUUCUCUACAUCUGCAGAAUUGCAUAUUGAAGCAACUUCCAUUAGCAACAGCACUCCCAAAACAAGUAGCUCUAAUCAGCAUUUUAAGGAACAGUUAUAGCAGUUUCUGCAUAUAUUAAAAUUAUAAUUAUACAGCAGAAAUUUAAAAAAAUAAAAGGUCAUCUUUUUGUGUGCUGUGUAAGUGGGCUUAUUUUUAAUUAGCUAGAAAAGCUAGUAAUUUCUUGAGUAGUUUGAUACUAGAUAAAUGAAUUAAAGCAAAUCCUGUAUCACCUGCUUGAGCUUUACUGAUCUCUUAGUGGUUAUCAAAUAAUUAUUAUUUAUCAGUAAUAGCCUGAAACAGUAGUUUCAUGCCAAAACAGCAUGUAAAAUAUUGCAUUGUCAGCAAACUUUUAACCAUUUACUUGAAACUGUAAUUUUCUGGGAGAUUAAAUGAUCUCCUAACUAUGCUGUGAAGAUUUCUUACAUUUAUGUUAGAUGAGUUAAAAUCAAGUAUUGAAUAGUGAAGUCACAUUUGACUGUUUAAUUAGCAAUGGUAAAUGAAGACAAAUAGGUCUAUAAAUAAACUUAAUUUUAACUUCAUUAUAAUGUGUUUUCACAUAUCAGAAUCAGAAACUAGGUGUUGCUGUAAAUUUAUUUUUCUGUGCAAAUUUGACAGAAAUAAAUGCUAAGUAUUUCUGAAAUAAUUUCCCUUUUUUAGAUUUUGUACAUCUAUUUUUAUAGGCUUUAAGUACUUAAGUAGUGUAUUUACCAGUUAAACAAUGGAAUACUCUCAUGAAUUUUAGGUGUUUUUAAAAUUGUAGAGAAAAAGCAAAAUCCUUUUUUUUGCAUUUGCUAAUAUUUAUUAUUGUGCUUAUUGCACAAACCACACUAUUUAAAGUCAAACUUACACAGCAGUCAAAAAUGUCAAAAAGACCUCAAAUCCAUAUUUUUGUGGGAGCACCCAGCAUUCCAAGCCCGCUGGAGGGGACAGAGCAAAGCUCAGCCCGCAGGGGCGAGGCAUGGAGGGAGCUGCGCUGUUGGUGUGAGAGCCGUGGGCUUGUCUGGGGCCAGCUCCGGGCUGCUGCUGCUCCCCCUGUGCCCCAGGCACAAAGCUGCUCACCCACAGGAGCCCCUGCCAGUGGGGACAGCACUCAGCAGGGCAGGGGCACGGCAGAACCAGGAGAGGAUUGGGCAUCUCCUGCCCCUGUGGCACUACCUUGUACCAGCACGCCUAAAAAGAGCACAGGUUUAACUCGCUCUGAUUGUCAAGAAUCCAAAGAUAGAUUUACACCUGCGGAUGUAAACCAGGCUGCACGUCAGCACCUGCCCCAGGGCUGUGCAGAAUCAGCUGGACUGGAGAAACCAUCAGGUGCCUGCUGCCCAGAGCUCACUGAGAGAAAAGCCCACCCUUCAGAAGUUAACAGCUCUGACAUUCCUGCUUUGGUUGCCAGCACUGAGCAGGUCAGGAUCCAUCUGCAGUCUGUGGGACUUCAGGCAGCUCGCAGAAGUGAGCAUCAUGAACAUCUAAGUCAAUGUAUGGAUAAGUUUUCCCAAAAAGGUCAAGAGUCCAAACCAGAAGAACCAAAUGACUGUGCAGAUUUUGCAGUGUCAGCAGACACCGAAUUUUGUAGUGUGGUGACUUUGAGUCAGGUGGCUUUUUUUGCACAGAAUGAGAUGCAGGAAAGUAUUGUAAAACUAUCAGAAAGAGAAGCAGGCAAAAAAGCUGAAGAAGGACAGUAUGAUCACUUCCAGUGUGAUUCUGGUGUUGGAACAUGUACUACUAAUGUGACUGAAAAUGAAUUUGAGGAAGAGGAUGCAAGUUCUCUUGAACUUUUCAGUUCUGAGGACGAUGGGGAAAAUGUUUCAAUUAAAGCUACAAAACAGGAAGAAAGUGCCCAGGAAAAUGCAGAAAAGUUUCAAGAACUUAAUGUUCCUCCUGAGCAACUUGUAAAUGAAAUCCAUAUUGAGCCAUUGGGCUCUGGAAUACUGUGCUCUCAAGGGAACUGUUCUCACAAGAACUCUUCUAAAAGACCCCGCAAACAUGAAGAUUCCUUUCAUCUUUCUCACUCAGCAUUUAAAAGACAACUGAAAUCCAAGAGAGCUAAACUGAAUUCUUCUCCACCUGGUUCUGGGGUGAGAGUGGGUCCAGACAGGAUGGCAGAGUUCAAGAAAUUCCAAAAGAAACUAUCACUGCUUAAGAAUUGCUGCAGCAAAAAUCAAAAGUACAAUAUUUUGGUCACAGUUGUACAUCCUUGUCAUAUCAAAGAAAUACAGAAGAAGACUGAACCAAAAUCUUCCUGUAAAGUUCCUGUAGCAACAGUUGUUGUUAUUGACCAGUCAGAAAUUGAGAGGAAGGUGGUGCUGUGGCGUGGUGCUGCAUUUUGGUCCCUCACUGUGUUCCCUGGGGAUAUCGUACUGCUUACAGAUAUAAUAAUGUAUGAGAAUCCUUGGUGUGGAGAGGUCAUGCUUCAGUCAACAUUUACCAGUCAGUUACUGAAUCUGGGGAACUGCUCAGCUCUCAAUACAGAAAAAUUUUUUCCUCUAGUGGAUGCUGGUGUUCUCCAUGGCUUAUUGGCAUACAUAUCAUCAGAACUUCCACACUUCAGAGACAUUCCACAAAGACAAGUUCAGAGACUGGAUGAUGUUCGGUAUGUGCAGUUAGAUCAGCUCCAGCCAAAUACUUUGGUUCACUCAAUCCUGAAAAUUAUCAAUAUUUCUGUGUUAACAGAAUCUCUGUACAGCUACAGAGGUGGCAGCCAAAGAAAAAUUAUUCUAACAGUAGAACAGAACAGAGAUCAACACUACAGGAUGGUUCUGUGGGGAGCUGGGGCUGCCUGGUACCCCCAGCUUCAGAGGAAAAAAGACCACAUAUGGGAUUUCAAAUACCUUUUGGUCCAGUGUAGUUCUGUCUCAGGUGACUUGGAACUGCACACAACUCCGUGGUCAUCCUAUGAGUGCUUGUUUGAUGAUGACAAAAGGGCAGUUGAAUUUAAAGAAAAGUUUCAGAAAAGUCAAACAUCCCUCAUGGGGUUGACAAGGCUCUCGGCACACCUGGAAGAAAAAUGCUCAGGAGUGAUUCAAGUGAAAGCCCACGUCUUGGAAUUGAAGUUUACCAUUUCCACUGGUCAGUACAAGCAACUCAUCUUCUCUGCUGACACUUCACUGGAAUGUGUUUUGGCUUCUCUGCCUAUGAUUACAUAUUCAGGUUGUGCCAAAUGUGGUUUGGAGCUACAGGCAGAUGAGAACAUGAUCUACAAGCAAUGUAUUAGAUGUCUGCCAUACAGUAAAGUAAAAACAUUCUACAGACCUGCUUUGAUGACAGUAGAAGAUGAAGGAUAUGAAAUUUAUGUUCAUGUGGUAUCUGAGUUGGUGGAAAAAAUCUUCCUCAAUAUUCCUGCAGACUGGCUGAAGAGAUUAGUAGUGCCCUGUUCAGAUAUAACCUAUGGCACAAUAGUAGCAGAUCUGUGUCAUUCACUGCUGGCAGAUACAGAAGCAUUCUAUUUGUUGGAAAUCAGAAGCCACUUUGUGCUAGAUGAGAACAGCUAUCCUUUGCAAAAGGACUUCCAUCUGCUGAAUUUUCAUCCUGAUCUUUGACCUCUGCACUAACUGAGUAACAAAGACCAUAAGGACACACAGAUGGGAAGCAGAAGAAAGAUGACUUAGCUGAAGGAAGCAAAUCUCUUUAAAAAAUUAUAAUAAAGGAUUUGGGUUUUAACUUAUGAAAAAAGCAAAACCAUCAAAAGGACUGGUAUGGAAUAUCUGCUAAUAGUAAAUACUGCUGGAGUAAUACUGAUGAAUUUUCAUAAAAUAUAUUUUUAUACAUGUAUUUUUAUGUUAAUAAUUAUGUUAAUAAAUUCCAAAAAUUUCUUCCA